AUGGACCCCGUCAUCAUAACGCCGGAUGACGUAGCUGAGGCGGUCCGUAGGGCCCCGAACUGGAAAAGUCCGGGACUCGACGGACUGCAUCACUACUGGCUGAAGGGGUUCGUGGUGUGUCACGCUGUGCUCACCCGACAGUUUCAAGAGGCUCUCGACCAAAAGUCGCUCCCGAGCCUCUUCACUACUGGGAUCACUCAUUUGGUUCCUAAAGACCGGGAUUCCACAGACCCGAGCAAGUACCGCCCCAUAACGUGUCUACCUACCAUAUACAAGACACUAACAUCCAUUUUGAGCGCGAGAAUCACUCGUCACCUGAACUCAAAUCAGGUGAUGUCGCGCGCUCAAAAUGGAUGUCGGGGCGGUGGUCGUGGAACCAAGGAACCACUCCUCAUUGACGCGGUCAUUGGCAAGGUGGUUAAACGCAACCGUCGGAACCUCUCCGCCGCCUGGAUAGACUACAAAAAGGCAUUCGACUCGGUGCCUCAUACAUGGCUUAAGAGGGUCCUCGAGCUGUACAAGGUUGACUGUACGGUUCGAGACUUCCUCGGGCAGUGUAUGGGGCAGUGGAGUACGAUCCUUUGUCAUCUAGGCCAGCAGAUGACGGCUGCGGAGAACCACAUAAGGAUAAGAAGGGGUAUCUUCCAGGGCGAUUGA